GCACGAAUCGGCCGCAUGCGCACACCGAUUGAGAGGGUCGACAUGGCACGGUACGCGCUGCUAUACCUCUACGGCGGAGUCUACGCAGACGCAGAUGUGGCGCUCCUCUCGCUGCCGAUGCUGCGGUGCGCCAUUCGCGAUGCAGAGCUGACGCUGCCGUGGGAGAAGGAGCGACUGAUUGGCCAGUCGAUCAUGAUUUCCCGCUCGCCCCGCCACCCCUUCUGGGCGAGCCUCGCGAAGGAGCUCGUCGCGAGAUACAACCGUGCCUGCUACGAGCCGGACAACACCGGCCCGGACGCGCUGACCCGCGCGUGGCCCAAGCUGUGCCUCGACGGCCCGCGAACGCCGCUCAGACUGCACCGCGGCCUGCUGGCCGGGCCCGUGGCGCUGCACGGCAUGACCGGCGCCUGGCGCAAUCAGGCGAGUGUUGCGCGAAGGAAAGGCCGGCUGGGCUGCCCGUCCAACGCGGCGCUGCCAGCGAUGCCGAGAAAGUGCGUGGAAUUUGGCGAGAGCUGUGGCUCCAACCGUAGCCUUGCGCUAGCAUCGCUACCGCGCCACCUCGUCACGCCCGCACUGGCGCGGGAACGGCCAGCCCGCGGAUGAGUCGCGCGUGCGGAUGCGGGCUUCGUUGUAGUUAGGUCAGGCGAGAAAAAAAUUGCCCUCUUUGUGAUUG